GCGCGGGGGCCGCCGCCGCCGCCAAACUUUCGACGGGUCGAGCGGCGCUGCUGCCCCAUCCAUCGCCCGGCAGGAGAGAGCCGCCCCGGGGCAGCUCUGUGGCUCAGACCAGGCUGCUGUAAGGAUGGGUCCCCUGGAAGCAGUAGGUGAAGAAAACCAGACAGAUGAAAUGAAAAUGGAGCUGUUCACCAAGCUGUACUUGCCAAGAUACACCACACCGCUCAAUGAAUUGGCUCUGGACCCUAAACCAGAACUGAAGGACAGCACAACACUAGUUGAAGUGCAGAUAAUUCUCAUCUUUGCUUACUGCUCCAUCAUCCUGUUGGGGGUGAUUGGAAACUCCCUCGUGAUCCACGUGAUCAUCAAGUUCAAAAGCAUGCGCACAGUGACUAACUUCUUCAUUGCCAAUCUGGCCGUGGCCGACCUGCUGGUGAAUACACUGUGCCUGCCCUUCACUUUGGUUUAUACGCUCUUGGGCGAAUGGAAACUGGGCCCAGUGUUGUGUCACCUGGUGCCUUACGCCCAGGCGCUUGCUGUUCAUGUGUCCACUGUUACUUUGACUGUGAUUGCUCUGGAUCGUCACCGCUGCAUCGUCUACCACUUGGAAAGCAAAAUCUCUAAGCGAAUCAGCUUCCUGAUUAUAGGAAUUGCCUGGGCAGUCAGUGCCCUGUUGGCAAGUCCUCUGGCCAUCUUCCGCGAGUACUCGUUGAUUGAGAUCAUUCCUGACUUCAAGAUUGUGGUUUGCUCUGAGAAGUGGCCAGGAGAGGGGCAGCUCAACUAUGGCACCAUAUACAGCAUCUCUAUGCUCCUGAUCCAGUAUGUGCUGCCUCUGGCAGUCAUCUCCUAUGCCUACACUCGUAUUUGGACCAAGCUCAAGAACCAUGUUAGUCCUGGGGCAGGGAGUGACCACUACCACCACCGGCGUCGGAAAACCACCAAGAUGCUGGUGUGUGUGGUUGUGGUGUUUGCUGUCAGCUGGCUGCCGUUUCAUACCUUCCAGUUAGUCAGUGACAUUGACAGUCAGGUGUUAGACCUGAAAGAGUACAAACUGAUCUACACAGUGUUUCACGUCAUUGCCAUGUGCUCAACGUUUGCUAACCCCCUUCUCUAUGGCUGGAUGAAUAACAACUACAGGACGGCCUUCCUCACAGCCUUCCAGUGUGAACAGCGGCUGGACUCCAUCCACCCUGAAGUAUCAGCAGCUUUCAAAGCCAGGAAAAAACUAGAAGCAAAGAGGAUUCAAUUCCCUGGGGACUCUUUCACACAACCUACCAAUGUCUAAGAUGUCUGACUUUAAAGAAGAAAUCAAUAUGUGGUGGACAAAGGGAUAAAUCCAUUUUGAUACAUGCAUUUUUAAUGCAUAGUUUUAUUCAUAAAGGGUGAAAGAAAAGUAGCAGGAAAUCAAGGCAGGUGCUAUGAUCUGGGGGUGUUAAUUGAUAUCACGAGUAUGUAACUAUAUGACUACAAGGAAAUAAAAGGGAUAGGCUUUGUUUAUGGCUGUCUCUAACAGAGUAAGAGACCCUUUUAUCCCUCCCAUAUCUUUUUGACAAGUCUAAAUGACAAGGGCAGAGCGUGCUGGUUUUGCUAGAGGAAGGCAAUUUGUAGCGCAGGAAUACUGAUGAUGGGAGCAGGUAGUUUUUAUAUUGGAUGUGGACAUCAGGGAAAGCAGAAGUCUGCCAGGACAAAGAAGCCUGUCUGGGUGGGAAUAGGCUGUGCUGGUUAAAGCUCAAACUUUUCAGUUCCCUUCUCUCCCACAGGCAUCUUUACAAAGACAGGGGAAUUAAGAAGAGAAAUACAUUAUUUUUUUUAAACUUGUACUACAGUGGUUCAAACAUUUGAAGUACAUUAGGGGGUAAAAAAAAAAGAAAAGGAAAAAGAAAAAAAAUCACCAUACCCACCCAAACAACAGAUUCAAUGUGAGGAAAGGUCAAGUUUCUACAUAAAAUGAAUUGUGGGUUUUGGUCAAUCAAAUGGGGUGAAAAGUUAUUCCUUAAGAAUUGGCUGUUAUGCUGGUGAGAAAAUCACGAGCCUGUGACUUAUCAGUCAUUCCCUGCAGAUUCCUCCCUGUCAUUCUCCUCUGGAAACAGUUCACAAAUGCAGUGUUUUAAAGUGUCAUUUGAGGGCAGGGAAUGCAGGCUCAGGUCUUUUGUGAGCACUUCAUAAACUGCCAAUAUUUUCGUUUUCAGGACCUGCUUAAAUGUCUAAUGUGUUAUUAACUCCACAGGCUUUGAAUUGUAGCUGCUUUCUGCCUGGAUAAUAAAACAGCAGAUAAUUUUGAUCCUCUGGAAAGGCUGUGAGAUGGUAAAGUGCUUUUCAUUAUUGUGGUUUUAUGUCACAUACUCAUCUUGUCUUGGAGCUUUUUCCAUCUUUAGUCUUUUCAAAAAUUAAGAAAUUCUGAAUGACUGUAACCUAAUAACAGUGUGCUAUGUUUAUGUGAUAACAGUUAUUCUGCAUGCUGUAGUUAAUAGUUAAAUUCCUUUUUUUGCUCAGGUAUAAAAUUUUAAUCUGUUUACUGUGUUGCACACAGCAAUGUUCAACUCUUCUAUGUCUUUGUUCAGCCUCUUUGAACUCAUUAAAGAGAUGAAGAAAAUUUCAA